AUGCCCACCAUCUCCGUCGACAAGGCCGCGCUCUUCAAGGAGCUCGGGCGCGAAUACACCACCGAAGAGUUCGACGAGCUGUGCUUCGAAUUCGGCAUUGAGCUCGAUGAAGACACGACCGAUACGGACCGUCCCAUCGUUGAUGGCGUGCAGGAGCCGCCUCAACUCAAGAUCGAAAUCCCCGCAAACCGAUAUGACAUGCUGUGUUUCGAGGGUAUUCAGCUCAUGCUGAACAUCUUCUUGGGCCGCAAGCCUCUCCCCAACUAUAGACUCGUUGAGCCCUCGAGUGGGCAGCUCGAGAAGAUUGUGGUCAAGGAGGACACCACGAAAGUUAGGCCGUAUGUCUCCGGCGCAAUUCUGCGCAAUGUGAAGUUUGACCAGGCACGUUACGAAUCGUUCAUCGCUCUUCAAGACAAGCUUCACCAGAACCUCGCAAGACAAAGAACACUGGUUGCUAUUGGUACCCACGAUUUGGAUACCAUUCAGGGUCCUUUCACCUACAAUGCUCUGCCUCCGAAGGACUUUAGCUUUGUUCCCUUGAACCAAACGAAGGAGCUGAAUGGCGAGGAGUUGAUGGCUUUCUACGAGAAAGACCGGAACCUCGGAAAGUACCUUCACAUUAUCCGCGACUCUCCUGUUUAUCCUGUCAUCCACGACUCGAAUAACACAAUUUGCUCUCUUCCGCCGAUCAUCAACGGUAACCACUCGAAGAUCUCGAUCAAUACGACAAACGUUUUCAUCGAAAUGACCGGUCUGGACAAGACGAAGCUUGAGAUUGUGAACAAGGUCAUGGUUACCAUGUUCUCCCAGUACACCACCGAACCGUUCAGCAUCGAGCCCAUUCAAAUCGUUUCUGAGCACAACGGCGAGUCUCGUGUCGUUCCGGAUAUUUCACCCCGUACCACCCAAGCCGAGAUUUCUUUCAUCAACCAAUGUUGCGGGCUGAACCUCUCUGCGGCUGAGAUUAGCGACCUCCUUAAGAAGAUGUCCUAUGAUGCCAGGCCUUCCGCGAACAACCCCAACCUCGUUGAUGUCGACAUUCCCCCGACCCGUGCAGAUGUGCUUCACCAGGCUGAUAUCAUGGAGGAUGUUGCUAUCGCCUAUGGAUUCAACAAGCUUCCGCGAGCCUUCCCCAACAUCUCCGGCACCAUUGGCCAGCCUCUCCCCAUCAACAAACUCUCCGACAUCGUGAGAACAGAAGUCGCAAUGGCCGGCUGGUCUGAGGCUCUCCCUCUUAUUCUGUGCUCACAUGAUGAGAACUUCGCUUGGCUCAACCGCAAAGAUGACGGCAACACUGCCGUCAAGCUCGCCAACCCUAAAACCCUGGAAUUCCAGGUUGUCCGUACCAGUCUCCUUCCCGGUCUCCUGAAGACCAUCAGGGAAAAUAAGCACCACACUGUGCCCAUGAAGAUCUUCGAGGUCAGCGAUGUCGCCUUCAAGGACGUUGAGUUGGAGCGUAAGAGCCGUAACGAGCGCCACUUUGCCGCUGCAUGGUACGGACGGACCAGUGGAUUCGAAGUUGUGCACGGUCUCCUGGACCGACUGAUGGCUAUGCUCAAGAGCGCCUUCAUCACUGCCGAGGAGGGUCUCGAGAGCACGGCAGCCAGCGACUCUCACUACUGGAUUGAGGAGCUUGAUGACCCCACCUACUUCCCCGGCCACGCCGCCUCGGUCCACGUGCGCAUUGCCGGAAAGGAGCACAACAUUGGUACCUUUGGUAUCCUGCAUCCUACGGUGUUGGAGAAGUACGAGCUGAAGUACCCCGUCAGCACCCUGGAACUCAACAUUGAGACUUUCCUGUGA